AUGCAAGAUUUCAAAAGAACUAAACUUGAGACUUCUUGUAAUGAAAUUUAAAGCCAAUUUAAUUAGAUAAUUCAUAAAGAACAGAUGAUUUUUCUAUCAUAAACGGGCCAACUGGUACAAUUAAAUAAAGUGAUCACAAAUUCGAUGAAUAAGCUAGUGAAACAUCAGAAUAUUAAGAAAAGUAAAGUAUACUUCUACAAUUAGUAAAUCGUCUUCCUAAAAAUAACAUUUACCAAUAAUAUAAUAGGAUAUUGAAAAAUCAGAAUAUGAAUCACAAAUAGUUGAAUCAUUGGGAGAUUCUUAUCCAGGAUCUGAAAUUAAAGCCUUGAUUGAAUAAAAAAAAUAAAGAGAUCAUAAACCUGUAUGAUUGAGUUACUUCUAUAAUAGAUUUACCUUAAUAUAAUGGUUGUUGGUUAGUCAGGUUUAGGAAAGUCUACCUUUAUUGAUGUUCUCUUAAAAAAAAAGCUUGGGACAGGUUAAAUAAUUAGAGAUUCUACUCUAUAAAUCUAAGAAAUAUAAGGUAUUUAUUGAAUUAAGAGAAAAAAGGUUAAAUCCAUGUAAACGAUUUCACUUUGAACAUUAAAUUUAUUGACACUCCUGGUUUUAGACAUUAAUAUAGUCUCAGAUCUUGGCUUAAAUUAUUAUGCGGAUAUAUUCGAACUUAAUUUAACUCUUAUCAACAACGAUAAAAUCUAUAAUAUGAAAGCAAAGAGAAAUUUUAACAAUUAUCAUAACAAGAUUUAGAUGAAAGAGUUCAUGUAUGUUUUUACUUUUUCUCUGGUCCUAGAAUCUAAACUGAAGAUUUAUAAGCAUUAAAAAAAAUAAGUGGAUUAGUUAAUGUUAUUCCAAUUCUAGCUAAGGGAGACUCUUAUACUAAAAAUGAAAUUAUCUAAUUAAAAAAACAAUUUAAUGAUUUGGUCAAUGAAUAUCAUAUAGAUCUAUUUAAAUGUCAAUGCAAUAAUAAUUUAAAUGAGAAAAGUCAGUUUGGAUCUACUCCUCCUUAUGUGAUUAUAAGUUCGGUAGAAUAAUUUUAAGUUGGAAAUCAUCUUAUUUAUGGAAGGUGAACAAUAAUUUAUAAAAUUUAGAAAAUUUCCAUGGGGAAUCUGCGAUAUCUUUAAUCCUUAACAUUCAGAUUUAGCUAUAUUAUAUAAAUCAUUAAUAGGACAUUAUUGUUUAGAAUUGAUUCGACUAACUGAUUUUCUCUAUAACAAUUAAGUCUAAAAAGAGAAAUAGAAACUAAAAAUUAAACAAUAAAAUACAAAUUGGCUAGUUAAUUUAUUAAGCUAUUUAUUUAAUUUAUGA